UCCCAAAGCCAACUCUUCAGACAGGGAUUGGACUGGACAAUGGGAUGGAGAGGGAUGCUGGUGAGGAGUGAGCUUCUUGGAUCAGGUGGGCACUUGGGGCUAUGUUGCCAUCUCCUGCCUGGAAGGGAGGUGAGAGGGUAGAAGGAGUUAGAAGGUGGAGAAAUGGACAAGAAAAGAGAGUGGAGGGAGGGAGUGGCCUGUCUCAUUAUGGUGAGAGCGAAUGGUAGUAUGUAGCCAUGUGUGUAUAAGUUUUUGUGAGAGACUGACUGGAUUUGUAAACUUUCACUUAAAGCACAAUAAAAAAAAAAAAAUCAGACUGACUGGUCUGACAUAGACUGGGACGGCCAAGACUAUGACCCUAAGACGUCCUUCUGACCUGGAACUGAAGCCAUCCCUGGAUAUCACGUUCCAGCCAAAUACACAAGCUCAUAAAAUAAACAAUAACACCCAAGAGGAACAUGCUCCUUAGCACAAUUAUACGAGAUCAAAAAGGCAAUAUUUGUCAAAAACAAACAUGAGAAGACAGGAAGGAGUAGACAAUCAGAACGAAAAGAAAUGGGGAACCCAAGACAGAAAUGGGGAGAGUGCUGACUGACACAUUGUGGGGAAUGAAACCAAGGCCACGAAACACUUUAUGUACUAUCGAAUGGGAGUCUAAUUUGCUCUGUAAUCUUUCACCUGAUGCACACAUACCCAUACAAUAAAAUAAUAAUAAUAAUAAUGAUAACAGGACCUACCUCACAGGGUUGUUGUGAAGGUUAUAUGAGUCAAUAUUUGCAAAGCAUGUAGCACAGAUGGCCCGGCCUACGAACUUUGCAAAUAAAAGCAUGCAGAAACGGGUAAAUAAACCAUGGCACAUCCAUUUGAUGCAAUAUUAUCAGAGACAAAAAGAAAUAAGCUCUCAAACCCCAAAACGACAUGGAGGAAGCUUAAAUGCUUAUUGCUAAGUGAAAGAAGUCAGUCUGACAAAGUUACCUAUUGUAUGAUGCCAACUCUAUGACAUUGCAGAAAAGGCAAAACCACAAUGAAAAGAUCGGUGGUUGCCAGGGCCUCAGGGGGCGCUUGGGAAGGAUGAGUAGGUGGAGAACCAAGCACUUGUAGGGCAAAGAAACCAUUCUGCUUGGUAAUGGCAGACAUUAUGCAUUUAUCAAAACCCAUAGAACUUUACAACACAGGUAGGGAACCCUAAUGUGACCUAUGGACUCUAGUUACUAAGAAUGUGCCAGUAUUGGUUCGUAGAUUGUAACAAAUGUAUCUCCUAAGGCUGCGUGGCUUUCUCACCAAAAACUGGGUGGAGGUGGGACAGGGCCACAACAAAACUAACCAAACCACCCAAACCCAUUGCCAUGGAGUCCUUUCCGACUCAAAAUGACCCCAUAGGACAGAGUACAGCUGCCCCAUAGGGGUUUCACUGAGCGGCUGGUGCGUUUGAACUGCUGCCCUUUUGGUUGGCAGCCGAGUUCUUAACCACGGCACUACCAGGGCUCCGCAACAAAGGGCAGGGGGCAGAAAAUUAGAACUAUCUCCCCCAAAAGGGUCAGAGUUGACAAGAAGGCCUUACAGACAGGCGUUUGGAGUCUUGCCGCGCCGACGAACUAAAAGCCUAUCUGGGGCCCGCCUCCCACAUGCCCGGGUAAAGCAGAGCCGACUUCGCGCUCUUCCAGUGGGGACGCUGGAACUGGCUCAUCUCGCCCUUUCAGGCGUGGCCUUUCCGAGGCCAAUGAGCGUUGGGAAUGGACGGACCCUCCCCGUGGGGGCGGAGGGACCAGAGCUUUAAUUUAAGCCGGGCAGCCCCUCCCCGAGGCUUUGGGACUCCGGUUGGUGGCGAUGGCGCUCCGCUGGGGCAUCGUAUCUGUGGGUCUCAUCUCCAGCGACUUCACGACGGCGCUGCAGACGCUGCCUCGCUCAGAGCACCAGGUGGUGGCGGUGGCGGCCCGCGACCUGAGCCGGGCGAAGGAGUUUGCACGGAAGCAUGACAUCUCCAAAGCUUACGGCUCCUAUGAGGAGCUAGCCAAGGACCCGAACGUGGAGGUGGCCUACAUUGGCACCCAGCACCCCCAACACAAGGCUGCAGUGAUGCUAUGCCUUGCAGAGGGCAAGGCCGUCCUCUGCGAGAAGCCCAUGGGCGUGAACGCUUCAGAAGUGCGCGAAAUGGUUGCUGAGGCCCGAUCCAGAGGCCUCUUCCUUAUGGAGGCCAUCUGGACCCGCUUUUUUCCUGCCUCAGAGGCUCUGAGGGCCGUUCUGGCCCAGGGAACCCUGGGGGACCUUCGGGUGGCCCGGGCAGAAUUUGGGCUAAACCUAACCCAUUCGGCCCGGUCUGUAGACUUGGCGCAGGCUGGCGGGGGCCUGCUGGACAUCGGCAUCUACUGCAUCCAGUUCAUCUCCAUGGUCUUCGGUGGGCAGAGGCCUGAGAAGAUCUCAGCGAUGGGAAGGCUCCAUGAAACCGGUGUGGAUGAUACAGUCACUGUGCUGCUGCAGUACCCAGGAGGGCUCCACGCCAGCUUCACCUGCAGCAUUACCGCCCCGCUGUCCAACACAGCCUCUGUGAGCGGCACCAAGGGCAUGGCCCAGAUUCUCAAACCCUGCUGGUGCCCAACAGAGCUGGUGGUGAACGGGGAGCAUAAGGAGUUCCCGCUGCCCCCAAUUCCGAACAAGUGUAAUUUUACAAACGGGGCAGGCAUGACUUAUGAGGCCAAGCAUGUCCGCGAAUGUCUGCGCAAGGGCCUGAAAGAGAGUCCUGUGAUCCCCCUGGCAGAAAGUGAGCUCUUGGCUGACAUCCUCGAGGAGGUGAGGAAAGUCAUUGGCGUCACCUUUCCCCAAGACAAACAUUGAUGCCUGCCCUGAAUCAAUAAAGACACAGUUUCCACAAA